CACUGUGGCUUUGAAGGACACAUUUUGUGGAACAUAACUGAAGGUACAGCAUGAGGGGCCUGGUGUUCCUACUUUUGUUCAGUUUGGCUGGUGCCAAAUUAUACGAGCGCUGUGAACUGGCCCGUGUUCUGAAGAAUAAGGGCAUGGCGAACUACCACGGUGUCAGUCUGGCCGAUUGGGUUUGUCUUUCCACCUGGGAGUCGAGCCUGGACACCUCAGCUGUCAAUCGUAACAGUGAUGGCUCGAGUGACUACGGCAUCUUCCAGAUCAACAGUCGAUGGUGGUGCGAAGACGGACAAACCCCACGAUCUGUCAACACCUGUGGAAUCAGUUGCAGUGAGCUCCUGACGGAUGACAUCAGCACGGCAGUCACCUGCGCCAAGCGGGUGGUUCGGGACCCGAAUGGCAUCAGAGCCUGGGUGGCAUGGCGGGUACAUUGUGAGGGAAAAGACCUGACGCCGUACCUGAAUGGAUGUGGACUUGCUACCACAACUCUGUGAUCCUGUCUUUACAGGCCAAACUGAAGAGUAAACGACACACCUGCCUUCUAACAACUUCAUGGGAAAAAAAUCUUGAUUGAUUUCACUUGAGGAUGGCUGUUUUUGUUGAAAAAAAGUUGAAAUAAAUGAUGAAUAAAAUGAUAACUGAAAGUAAA